ACGCUGCCCAAGCAGCAGCAGCUGCCUCAUUGCCCCAACACCCCCCUGUCCACGCAGAGCUUCCCAACUCGGAGUUCGACUCUCACGCAUACGCUGCUAUGCUUCAACAUUGUAUCCGAAACGGUGACUCGAAUUCCGCAAUGGUUCUUCACUGCGGGAUCUUGAAGAAAGGUGGUUGCUUGGACUUGUUUGCUCUCAACAUUCUUAUUAAUAUGUAUGUGAAAGCGGGUAUGCUGUCUAAUGCCACUACGCUGUUUGACGAAAUGUCUGAAAGAAAUACUAUUUCUUUUGUUACGUUGAUCCAGGGAUUUGCGGACUCUCAACGUUUUGUUGAUUCCGUAGAGUUGUUUCGCCGGCUGCAUACAGAAGGCCAUGAGCUUAACCAAUUUGUUUUUACUACAAUUUUGAAGUUACUUGUGAGGAUGGGAUGGGCUGAGCUGGCUUGGACCAUCCAUGCUUGUAUUCAUAAGCUUGCACAUGGCUCUAAUGCCUUUGUUGGGACUGCUCUCAUUGAUGCCUACUCUGUUUGCAGCCACGUUGAUGUUUCUAGGGAUGUUUUUGAUGAGAUUGUUUGUAAGGAUAUGGUAGCUUGGACUGGGAUGGUAGCAUGCUAUGCUGAGAAUGGCUGUUUUGAAGAAGCACUCAAACUCUUCAGUCAAAUGCGGAUGAUUGGAUUCAAGCCUAACAAUUAUACUUUUACGGGUGUGCUUAAGGCCUGUGUUGGUUUAGAGGCCUUAAAUGAAGGGAAGAGCGUCCAUGGGUGUGUAAUGAAAUCAUGUUAUGAAGGGGAUCUAUAUGUGGGUACUGCAUUGCUUGAUAUGUACACCAAGUUUGGGGAUGUUGAGGAGGCUCGACAAGUAUUUCAAGAGAUACCCAAAAAUGACGUGGUUCCUUGGAGCCUCAUGGUUUCACGGUGUGCUCAGAGUGACCGUUGUGAAGAGGCUCUGGACUUGUUUUGUCGGAUGAGGCAAGCAUUUGUUGUUCCCAACCAGUUUACAUAUGCUAGCACACUUCAAGCUUGUGCAACUAUGGAGCGUCUAGAUUUUGGGAAGCAAAUCCAUUGCCAUGUAAUCAAGGUUGGUCUUGAUUCAGAUGUCUUUGUUUCAAAUGCUCUCAUGGGUGUCUAUGCUAAAUGCGGAAAGUUAGAGAAUUCUAUGGACUUAUUUGUGGAAUCACCAAAUAGAAAUGAUGUAUCUUGGAACACGAUGAUUGUUGGAUAUGUUCAGUUAGGUGAUGGGGAGAAGGCGUUGGCUUUGUUUUCAAAUAUGCUUAGAUGCCAAGUGCAGGCUACAGAAGUGACGUACUCUAGUGCGCUCCGUGCUUCUGCUAGCCUAGCAGCAUUGGAGCCAGGAGUUCAGAUACAUUCUAUAACGGUCAAAACCAUAUAUGACAAAGAUACUGUAGUGGGUAAUUCUUUAAUAGACAUGUAUGCUAAGUGUGGGAGCAUCAAAGACGCCCGCCUGGUGUUUGAUAAGUUGAAGCAACGAGAUGAGGUUUCAUGGAAUGCGAUGAUCUCAGGAUAUUCUAUGCAUGGUCUUGGCCUGGAGGCUCUAAAGAUUUUUGAAAUGAUGCAGGAAACAAAUUGCAAACCGAACAAGUUAACUUUUGUCGGUAUUUUGUCAGCAUGUAGCAAUGCAGGACUAUUAGAUCAAGGACAGGCUUAUUUUAAUUCUAUGGUGCAGAACUAUAACGUUGAACUGUGCGUAGAGCACUAUACUUGUAUGGUCUGGCUGUUAGGGAGAUCAGGCCAUCUUGAUAAGGCUGUGAAGUUGAUUCAGGAAAUCCCAUUUGAACCUAGUGUUAUGGUAUGGCGUGCUUUGCUCGGAGCUUGUGUUAUCCAUAAUGAUGUGGAACUUGGAAGGAUUGCUGCCCAGCAUGUUCUUGAAAUGGAUCCCCAAGAUGAUGCUACCCACGUGUUAUUGUCAAACAUAUAUGCCACUGCAAGGAGAUGGGAUAACGUGGCUUCUGUCAGAAAAAACAUGAAAAGGAAAGGAGUAAAGAAGGAACCCGGCCUAAGUUGGAUUGAGAACCAGGGCACAGUUCAUUAUUUCAGUGUGGGGGAUACUUCACAUCCUGACAUGAAACUGAUCAACGGGAUGCUGGAAUGGUUGAAAAUGAGAACUUUAAAGGCAGGACAUGUUCCCAAUUAUAGUGCCGUUUUGCUUGAUGUGGAGGAUGAUGAAAAGGAGCGCUUCUUGUGGGUACACAGUGAAAGGUUAGCUCUAGCAUUUGGGUUAAUUAGAACAUCACCUGGGAGCCCUAUUCGUAUCAUUAAAAACCUUCGAAUAUGUGUGGAUUGCCAUGCCACAGUGAAGUUAAUAUCAAAAGUAGUGCAGCGAGAUAUUGUUGUUCGAGAUAUCAAUCGAUUCCAUCACUUUCAGAAUGGAAUUUGCUCUUGUGGUGAUUACUGGUGAUUGAUCUGCCUUAUUGGGAUCUAUGAUUCCUGGAGGGUUGAACUGAUGAAGUCACCUUGUUCUCAAGGUAAUGCGCUCCAUCCCAGGAAAUUGUCAUUCGUAAAGUAGGAGCGCUUGUCAUUGACUCAACUUGCUUUUGAGAUCAGCAAGAACAAACUAAUGUCUAAGGUGUGUAACUAAAAGUGAGAGAAGAUGUGGAGCUUGAUACGUCAGCACCAGUUUGUAAGCGGUACACAGUGUGUUCUGUUGUCAAAGCAAGAGAAUAUUAAGGUGCCUCUGUUUGACAGCGAGACUCCUCCUAUUCAAGACCAGUCUGAUUCUGAGAAUGUUGGUGGGAAAGGUAACUUAUAGAAGGCUAAAUAUAGUCAGUUUCAGGAGAUUGCUUAUGUCAAUUUUUUGAUCAGGUUAGAGUGUUGCUUUUGUUAAGCUUUCAGGAAUUUAGAGGUCUUGAAUAUACUUCCAAGUCACACAAGCUUGUCAGAAUCUUAUCUGGCCAAUGGUGAUUAUUAGAAGAGAUUGGUGAAACUAUUUGGAACUUGUAUGAGAAUAUUUACAUGCUAGAUUUUAGAGCCCUUUGAAGUACACACAUAUAAAUCUUGAAACUGUAACAGCUAGUCGUACAGGUCUAAAUUCAAAAUUGUUGUAGCAUCAUUGAAGUGGCUGCCAAUGAUGGUCUUUGUAUCAUGCAAUGGAUAUGUAUCCUUAAUUAAUUAUACUCAAUUUUGAUCAUCUGGCCCCUAAAUUUUGUUGUCAUGCUCAAACCCUGUUUCAUUACGUAGUCAUAGGUCAAUUAUUUU